UCCAAACAGCCCUCCCUAUUUUGUCUCCCUCUUUGAUCCAACCACAAACACUGCUUUUUAUUCAGCCUACAAAGUUACACCUGCGCAGGUAGCGAAAUAUGGCCCGUCUGCGAGACCCAAUGCAAAUUGGAGGAAUCCUCCAAAUGUCCCUGGUGUCGACGGUGCCUAUAAGGCGGCCAACACUGAAGCCCAACGCAACUUCGGGGCAGAACUUACCAGAGGCCAUAUGAAUCCUUCAGAUAUCAACUCCUUCGACACAAAUUUCCAGAAGGCUACUUUCACUCUUACAAAUGUUGUACCACAGUACAAAGAAUCAAACAACGGACCUUGGAACGCCUUUGAGGAUAAGAUAAAAGAUUAUGCCAAAGAAACCUAUUGGAGCCCAAGCCGCCAAGGAACCCUUUACCUACUGACAGGCAAAUCAGAAAAUGGCCUCAAUAACGUACCGAAGCUGCCCCUUAGGGACACAUUUACAGUGGGACCAAGAACAGUAAAACUAGUAACUCCUCGGGCUGUUUGGACGGCGGGCUGCUGUGUGUGGAAGGAACCUGGAAAGUGGCUGGGAAGGUUAUGGAAAAAUGAAAAGGCCAAGUCCUUUGCAGUGAUGAGCAAUAAUCAUUAUGAUAAAAACCAGCUACACCAGACACCAAUGAGCGUAGUUGACCUACAGCACCACUUGUCAGCAGGAACGAAUGUGGAUCUGUUUCCAGGAAAUGCAAAUUGUGCUCUAAACAACAAAAACUUAUAAUGAUAAAACGUCGAGAAUUACAUACUGGGAACAGUGUGUAUGCGUCGUAAAA